UACUGGACAUACAGAAUGGCUGCUGGUUCUGGACCAUCUUUCCUGCGUUGGAUCCUUGUCCUCCUAACAGUCUCAGCCAGGUGUUCGGUGUCGGCGUUCAAGGUGAUGGAAGGUGCUACUGCGACAUUGUCCUGUCAAUAUUCAGUGGGCCGUUUGGGUUUGAGCGGUGUGUGUUGGGGCCGAGAAUGUGGCACGUUCUGGUGCAAUAACAUUCUCGUGCAGACAGACGAACAUGGGGUCAUCUCCAAGGUUUCGGACAGAUACAGGAUGACAGGUGAUGUCCUCGCGGGAGAAAUGGACCUUGUAAUUCUCGACGUCAAGCAGACGGACAGCGGGCCGUACUGUUGCAGAGUGGACAUAGACGGCAUUUUCAACGACAAAAAAGUCAUCCAAAACUUGAGGGUCAUGAAAGCUGCUCCAGUAACCAUUAUGUCAACAACCACAGAAGCUAACCCUGCCACAGACCACUGGAAAGCUGUUGAGUCGUCACACAUAGCCAUUCCAAGACAGAACACCAGUGUUUUGCAUUCUGUAACACUGGUGGAUGACCCUUUCCCCAGCCUCUCUCUCCAGAUCAACAUCCCGGUGCUCUCUCUCUCCCUCAGUCUACUCCUACUCAUAGUGGGGGCAUUGGUCAUACUGGGGUUCAAACGUAUGUACCACAAACUCACAUCCUCUGUAGAAAAGCCCAGUGUGCCCAUGAUCACUUAUUCAGACAUCUUGCUGUGAUGUGAAAUGUUUGCCCAUGAAAAAGUGCAUUGCCGCUAACUAAGUAAGAGUAAGCGUUUCAUUGAACCGUGUACAGUACGCUGUAAUGUAUCCUCCUGUGCAUAUGACUAAUAAACGUGGAUUUUACUUUA